AUGUUCCGCAAAUUGUUCGCUCUCUUCGCUGUCUUGGCUGUGGCCUUCGCCGCUCCAAAACCUGAGCCAUCUCCACAGCUGGUCACUUACUCAGCCGGCCUGGACUAUGUCUAUCCUGCUGCUUACUCAGCCAGUCUGCCAUCUGUAGUUUCUCCGUACACUGCCCCACUUGCUCCCCUCACUUACUCCGCGUACCCAGCUAACGCGUAUUUCAUUAUACUGUUCGCCUUGUUUGCUCUGGCCAUGGCUCGACCUCAGCUAUACCCUGGUUACGGCUACAGUGGUUACUCCUCCGGUUAUCCAAGUUACAAUGGUUAUUCCGCAUAUUCAAAUCCUCUAGCAUAUUCUGGAUACCCAGCUUAUUCCGGUUACCCAUAUAACUAUGGUUAUGGUGUGUAUUAA